GGUCCAUGUAAUUAUGGGCAUAUAAGAAACUGCAUAUCCAAUGAAGUCUUACUCCAGGUAAACACAUCACAAGCUAAGUUUCUUUCUUCUACUGCGUGCAGUUCACCGCGAUUCUAUUUCAUUGUAGUCCUAUUGCACCUUUCCCUCAGCUCUAUCCGAAUCUAUUCAUGAGUUUCAACUUGAUCAAGGUUGCCUAAGACAUCGCAAAGAGAAGUGAGGGAGAUUCGGCUGCUUCUAAGGGUAAUCGACAACGUAAAAAUGUCCAGCACGGAUCAUGGAAAUGCAAUCGACUCAUCAGGAGUCAACGACAAUUUGACAGCUGCCGAUAAUCCAGAAGCAAACUUUACAUCAAUUGAAAGACAUCAGAGUAGACUUUCUCAAAAAGUCUCUGAAAUUGAUCAUGACGAUGCGAAAAGACGAUAUGAUCUUGAGGCGAGGGACAAUCAUAUGUCUCUUCCAGAUUCAUCUGCAUCCAGUGUCUUGGGAACGCGGAAAAACGUAAUACAUUGGGAAGAGGAUGAUCCAGAAAACCCAUACAACUGGUCUUCCGGGUGGAAAUGUUAUAUUGUUCUUGUGGGCAUGCUUGUAGUAAUUAACAGUACCAUGGGUUCUUCUCUGCCUUCGAACGCGAUCCCAUUCAUUGCUCCGUAUUUUCACAUAACAUCAGAGUCUGCGGAAAUUCUACCGAUAUCGAUGUAUCUCCUUGGGUAUGUGCUUGGGCCUUUAGUAUUUUGCCCACUAUCAGAAACGUUCGGGCGAAGAACGAUCAUGCUGGCAACUUUUUUCUGCUAUAGUGCCUUUACGUUAGGUUGUGCCUUGACACCAACAUGGGGUGGACUUCUAGCAUUUCGAAUUUUGGCAGGUAUCAACGCAAGCAGUCCUAUAUCCGUCAGUGGAGGCAUCUAUGCAGACAUAUACAAGGAUCCAGUGACAAGAGGGAGAGCUAUGGCGGUUUUCACUGCAGGCACUUGUGUGGGUCCUCUAGUGGCUCCAAUCAUAUCAGGCUUUAUAUCUCCUGCUCUUGGCUGGCGGUGGACUUUCUGGAUAGGUUUGAUUGUUGCUGGUGCAUCUUGGGCCCCUCUUGUCUUUCUUCCAGAAACCUAUGGCCCUGUCCUACUCCUCAAACGCGCAAAAAGGUUGCGAAAGGAAACAGGCAAUUCCGAAAUAUUCGCGCCUAUCGAAUUGGAAAAGCAAGAUCUAAAACAGAUGAUAACUGUGACGCUCACUCGACCUAUCCGCAUGCUUUUCUUCGAACUCAUCGUCUUGGCCGCUUGCACCUACCUAGCCCUCGCAUACGGGAUAUUUUAUAUGUACUUUGAAGCUUAUCCGAUUAUUUUCGAAGGAAUCUAUGGUCAAUCAUCUGGCGUGUCUGGGCUUAUGUUCCUCCCCAUAGGUGGUGGUGCAAUCUUAGCUAUUAUCGUAUUUCUCUGGUGGGAUACAUUUUUGCGUGAAGCUCAAGCAUCUGGGAAAUCUUGGGCGCAAAAAGAAGAAUCUCGACGGCUGCCACUUGCCAUCUUUGGGGGGCCACUCUACGUUAUUUCGCUCUUUUGGUUAGGUUGGACAUCCCGCGCCUCUAUUCCUUUCUAUGUUCCCAUGUUGGCCGGCAUACCAUUUGGAAUGGGGUUUAUAUUGAUCUUCAUUGCUCUACUCAACUAUUUAACGGAUGCUUAUGAAGUCUUCGCUGCGAGCGCUAUGGCUGCGUCAAGCUGCUGUAGAAGCUUGGCUGGGGCGGUGUUGCCGUUUGCAGCGAAACCCAUGUAUACAAAACUGGGUGUGCCAUGGGCAAGUAGCCUGCUUGCAUUCUUGAGCCUACUAAUGUGCGGUGUUCCGGUAAUAUUUACAUGGAAGGGCGAUCGUAUUAGGGAAGGGAGUGUGUUUUGUCAGGAGCUUAAAGAACGAAAAAUUAAAGAGAUGGAGAGCUUGCAAAGUGACAAAUUAGCGAGAAAACAUCGCCAAAACGUGGGAAUCACGGAGAAAGUUUGAGAGUAAAAGUUAAUGUUCUUUCUGGGGAGUUUUUGGUAUGAGAAAUGCCUGAUGAAUUAUCAUGAGUACAUAUGACAGAUUUUUUGACCUUGGACAUGGAAAAAAUGUGUAGCAUACGACGUUACCACAAUAUGUGGUUUGAUUUCCGUCUGGAUACCAUUAUUGAGCACUUUUUCAACAGCUUAUUUAAUUCUUUUAUUUUUAAUGUUAUUAGUUCACAGAUAAGUGUUCAAUAAGUUGGUAGAUCCAGCCGCCA